AUGUCUCUGAUUCUCAACCAGCCCCCGAAGCUAUGCUUGCGGAAACCAGUGUUGGUAAGAUGCUCUCCUCUUCACCACUCUAAUGGUUACUCAUCUGCUUCAUUGCCGCAAUCACAAACACUUCCUUUAACCAUCUUCUGCGCAGAUCCUUGUAGACCACAUCUCGUAAGAGCCGUGGUCAGGAGGGAUGGUGACAUGCAUGCUCUUGAUUACGAUAUGCCUCGUGAUUUUAUGGAGGUAACGAAAAUGAUAGGAACAUCCAAUGGAUGGAUAACGUCUUUGGUGGACGGCAUUGUGCGAAUCCGGGAAUACCCGGAGAAGAAUCCUAAACAGGUGAGAAUCAUUUUUUUACCUCCUCAUGUAACUCUGCCUCUAUGCCAAGCCCAAAUGGCCACCAACGUGGCAAUGUCCUCAUCUUCUCCGGAGAAGGAGGAGUGUGCUGUGGCUGUCAAGUUCUCGGGACCUCAACUAAGCAUUUGUAAACCGGCUCAAAGCAACGCCGAGUGGAUCAACAUUAAUUAG